AGUCUGGCGCUGACGUCACCCCGUCUGCCUGCCUCCGACGCCCCGUUCCAUAGGAAGCUGCAUCUCCUUGGACUUGAAUGAGGAGGAGCGAAGGGGGCGGGGCGGGGGGAGCCGCUCGGAGCUUGCCCGGGCAGGAGCGAGCGAGAGAGAGAGAGAAAGUCGCGAGUCUGUUUCACGCACCCAGCCCUGAGCGAACUUCCCGGGCGGGCGGGCGGGCCGGCCGGCGGGGGGAGGGGAGGGAAGCCAGCAGAGCCCGGCUCGGGUCUCCGUCUCUGUCCGUCGGGGGCCGCCUUAGGAGUGGGUCGCAGUUCCCCCUCCCCCCCCCCCUCCAGCUCCAGGAGGAGCCCGGCUGGAUGCGGCGCUGCCCGGGGAGCCCGGCUGCCUUCCCGUUCUUCGCUCUCCCCCUUUGGUAAAUGUAUCGCUUGAUGGGUGUGAACAGCACAGCGGCAGCCACCCAGCCCAAUGUCUCCUGCACAUGCAACUGCAAAAGGUCUUUGUUCCAGACGAUGGAGAUCACGGAAUUGGAGUUUGUACAGAUAAUCAUAAUCGUGGUGGUGAUGAUGGUGAUGGUGGUCGUUAUCACAUGUCUGCUGAACCACUACAAACUCUCUGCACGAUCCUUCAUCAACCGGCACAGUCAAGGGAGAAGGAGAGAUGAGAAUCUGUCUUCAGAAGGAAGUCUGUGGCCUUCAGAAAGCACAGUGUCAGGAAAUGGAGUAACAGAGCAGCAAAUCUACACUCCAAGACCCACAGACAGACUAUCAGUUCCAUCGUUUUUGCAGAGGGACCGUUUUAAUAGAUUCCAACCAACAUACCCCUACAUGCAACACGAGAUUGACCUCCCACCCACCAUCUCCCUAUCAGAUGGAGAGGAGCCGCCCCCUUACCAGGGACCCUGCACACUACAACUCCGAGAUCCAGAGCAGCAAAUGGAACUAAACAGAGAAUCGGUCCGGGCUCCUCCCAAUAGAACCAUCUUCGAUAGUGACUUGAUAGAUAACUCAGUGUUCGGAGGGCCUUGCCCACCCAGCAGUAACUCUGGCAUCAGCGCGACCUGCUAUGGAAGCAAUGGUAGAAUGGAAGGACCACCGCCGACCUACAGUGAGGUGAUAGGUCACUAUCCAGGAUCUACGUUUUUCCAGCACCAGCAGAACAACAAUGGCAUGCCCUCGAUACUGGAGGGCAGUAGACUCCACCAUUCGCAAAUCAAUGGCCUUGAGAGCACAACCGCAUGGAACAAAGAUAAAGAGAAACAAAAAGGGCACCCCUUUUAAAAACGAAAAAAAAUCAAACACGAAAGUAAGAACACUCUGCACUUCUCAUUAAAAGAAAAAAAAGAGAGAGUUGGGGAAGACGAGCAAAAAAUAAGAAGCCCUUUCCCACCACUCUGUGUAUAAUAUUUACUUGUUAUGUCUGGUCUGAAUGCACAAGCCAAGAAAGCUUGCAAAAACAUUUCUUUAUUGAGCUGCAUCUAGAAGUUUAAAAAGGAGAAAAAAAAAGAAUCAACCGUAGUCCUUCAUUUUUUGUUGUUGUUGUUGUUGUUUCUAGUUGAGCUGUGUGUGUGGAUGCUUUUUUUUUAUUUCACUUAACUUUAAAAAAAAUAUUUGCACAAAAACGUUUUGUUUAAAGAUCUGCAAUAUAUAUAUAAAUAUAUAUUAAAAAAUAAGAGAAACUGUAUGUGUGAGGAGCAGGAGUAUUUUUGUAUUAGAAGAGGCCUAGUUAAAAAAAAGUUGUUGUUUUCUGAACUAGGAGAAAAAAAUGGCAAUUUUUUGAGUGCCAACUCAAAAAGUAUGUAUUACAUUGUAAAAAAAAAAAAAAGAAAAAAAAAAAGAAAAGAAACAAAAACAGGAAAAAAACAGAAAAAAUCAAAAGCAGGGGUUUAGAGUUAUUUAUAUAAAUGUUGGAAUUUUGCACUAUUUUUUAAUAUAAAUAUGUCAGUGCUUGUGUUGGUCAAAGCCUCUAUCAUGUCUACCACAAAACUGUUAAGGGAUACAUUUCAAAGUGAAGAACAAACUAGCUGGAAGGGGGUGGAAAAAUCCUGAAGUUUUAAGUGACAGCCCUGGAAGGAACAUUGCAAGAGAGACUGCAUCUUAUGCAAAUCUUUAAUUUCCAUGGUCACCUGAGUGUUACCCAUACAAUACAGUCUGCUACUGGGUAGUUUAAUGAUAGUCACUGCUUUAUACAUUCCCUAUAGAACAAGAGGAGUUUGUGUGUUUGCAUGUAUGUUGCCAGUUAGGAUUAUUGGAGUUAAAACGAAUAAAGCUCUCAACACUUCUGUGAAUUAAAAACAACAGAAGCAAACAAAUUACUUUUUUUUUUUUUUAGUUUUUUUUGAGGGGUGGGGCAGGGGUGGGGGAUAAGCUUCAGUCUGAAGGAAAACAAUGGGUUUUUUGUUUUGCUUUUCUUUAAAUAUUAAACUGAAGGGCUCUGUUUUGAGAGAAAGCGGUGGUUAUUGAGGUUGAUGUGAGUAAACGGUAACAUAACUGAAGUCUGGCUUUUUGGAUAGGUUUUUAAAUGGGACACCAAAACAAGCUUUACAGUCUGUAGUUUGUUCACGUCAUUUUCAUAGAUGUUAAACUGCAAAACUUUUAUUUGGAAUAAAACAGAGUGCAGUUGUCUUGCAUAAAUAUCUGCAAUCCUUGUACACUGCCUCUGGUUGUUACUUGUUUUUCUUUUAUUACUCUAGAGAAAGAGGCGUAAAAAACAAUAGAUGGAAAUGAAUCUGCUCCUGUGAUGUAUUAAAUAAAGGCUAAUGAAACCAUGCUUAAUGCUUUAGAAGCAAAACCCUUUACCUCUUCUGAAUAUUUCUUCAUUCAAAACAAUCACCAUCCCUUGUUCCCCAAUGUCAAGGUUCCACCUCCCCCCAACCCCUUCCAAGCACCUCCUCAAAAGCAUUGGAUGUGUUUUUAAUUUAUCUUUGUUUCAUAAGCAUUUUGUCUUACUAUGCUAUUGUUUACAUUUUUUCUAUUGUGUGGAUAUCUGAUAGACGUUUUACCCUUGUGGUGAAUUUGUAUGUGACAGAGUGAAAUAUUAGAGAGAGAGAGAGAGAGAAACACAUAAGGGAAUAAUUGUUCUUGCUACCUUGUGUGCAGAUAUUAUUAGCUGAGCUACACCACUCCAUUUGCUGGGAGAGGAUAUCUACAAAUGUGAGGAAGGGUCAGAUGGGGGAACUACAGAGAGUGAAGAUUUUACAAGGAGGUGUAACUUCUUUUUCUGCAAGAUGCUAACUAGUAGAGUAACAUAAAUGAAAGAUAUAAAGGCAAUAACUAUAAACUAUUGUUGUUAAGCAACUUUUCCUAUUACUUGAAAACAAACAAACCAUGAGAACAGUUUUGAAGUUUUGACCAUUUGAACAAUAUUUAUAUAUAUUUUAAAGGAGAUAAUGAAUAGAUGAACUUGAAGUUUGAUCAUUACUUUGUUUUUGCUUGUGGGUUUUUUGUUUUGUUUUGUUUGGGUUUUUUUUUGUUUUGUUUUUGUUUUUGCCUGGUAGUAGUCCUGUACCUUCACAGUAUCACUGCCUGCUUUUCCACAGCUUCUUGAAAUCGUCAUAACUUUACAAGUCAUGUCACCUAAAUUCUGUUGACCUUCAAAACAAGAAAACAAAAAACAAAAAAAUAAAAGUCAUGCAAAGGAAUAAAUCUAGUUUGUCACGAAAGAUACAAAACUGAUGAAUUUAUACAAGUUUUUAAAAUUUAUCUUUCCUUUAUGUAACAUGUCUAUUUAGUGCCUUAUUAAAGAAACAGUAAUCCUCCCCUUACAGAGGGAGAAACAAAUCUUUGCUAGUGUUGUGAGUUACCAGGGUCUGGUCUUCUGACCUUUAGAUCCUUGCAUUAAAUUUUCCCAUUAUGUAUUUAAAAGGGGUACUGCUUCUUUAAAUGCUCCCUUUCACCCACUAGACCCAGUUUGAUGUGUCUAGCCAUGUAAGGUGCUCCCUUUCUGCCAUUUGUUUUCAUGGACUGUUUGUAAGGUAACUUGAAUACAUUUAUGCACAUAUCCUACUCCAGUGGGUAGGAAACUGUGGUGGAUAUUGUAAAUGAGAUACCAACCAAAAGACAAACUGAAAUAUAAUAUCUACUGCCCUCUUGAGCCAAAAUGCGUGAAUAGUAUUGUUGGGUUUCUUUCUUUUUUUGUUUGUUUGUUCUGUAGUCUAACUAGUUUGUUUGCUACAAAAAUGGUUACCUCAGCAGGUUUUGGGUGGAGUGUGCAUCACAUCUAAAACUGUAUAGUAAAUAUGGAAGCAUUAUCCGGACUGGAGGUUGUUAAGUAACUGAACUGUCUUGUCAUUUUGGGGGGCAGGGGGAAUUAACAUGCCCAAAAAACCUGUAAAAUCAAUCAGAAAGAUAUCUGGCUCUCCUGAAGGCACUGUCUAAUGGGGGUUGGCAGGACAGGGUUCUAAAAAGAAUCGUGGAAAUAGAGCUGGUCAACAUACAGAGAGUCUAAUUUUCACCUUUUUUAAGGAAGAUGUCCACCUUUCCCUCUCCAACCCCAACCAGUUCCCAGGAAGAGUAUUUUCAUUUGUUUUUCUUGUAUGCAGAAGAUAUGUCUGUAUAAGUAGGAAGGCUCAAAACAUGGAAUUUUCAUUGCAAAGGAAUUCCCCUUUCAACCCAUCUAUUGCACAAAGACAAAAAGGAUCUAUCUUUUCUUCCAGCAAGGUGUCCUUAACAUCCACUAACCGGGCUUUAGAUAUGGGCAUAUAUGGAAAGGGAAACCAUAGAUUCCAACCAAUCUAGAUUUCCAACAGCACUUAACCCUUUGAGGUGAAAUCUGAGCUCUUCCAAAGUCAAUGACAAAACUUCAGUUGACUUCACUGGAGCCAGGAUUUACCCCCAGUCAUUCCCCCCCACCCCCAAGUCCUCUUUCUGCUUUGUGUAAUCUAUGUAUUUGGUACCCAAAUACUCAAGAUGGGGCCCAAACCAACCCCAAGAUCCUAACAGGAUUUUAGGAAUCAUGGUCUAAUUUUUUUUUUUGGCUCAGGGUCCAUUUCUACUGAAUACUGAUAUCCCAUAUUACCACCAAGUUACUGAAAAACAGCUGUGCCGCACAACAGCUGAUGUAUCUUUGCCCUUGGUUUCUCCCUGCCUUUCUGCAGAUGAGAGAAUUGUACUUGAACUUGAUUGACUUCUGUAGUGUAGGACCAUACUGGGAGAUUUGCUGUUGAUGUUAAUGGGGGGUGGGAGGGGAAGAGUUUGAAGCCCUUUAAGAAGGAGCACCCUUUCUGUUGUUUUUGAAUUUAACAAAAGCAGAAGAAACAAGACAUUGCUUAUGCUUAGCAACCUCUUGUCCCAAUCUGCCUGUUUGCUAGAAGUUUGACACGUUAGCUUUAAAGUCAUGUUACCUUUUUUUCUUCGUAUCUUCUAGUAGGGCAAAGAGCAUUCUUCAAUAAAGUGCCACCAAAACUUAGUGAACUGCAAUGUGAACAAGGAUUUUUAAAUACGGAUGGCAAGGAAGAAUGGGUUUUAUUUGAUUCUAACACUGGUAAAACUAAGUUCCCUUCACAACCCUUGAUUUCAACAGUUGGAAUAUCAGCUUUACUGAUCUAGUGCAUUGUUUCCUUAAGUAUUCUAAAAUUCAUUCUAUCUGAAGUGGGGGAGUAAGGAGAACUGAUUGCUUUCUUGGGAAAUGACCCCUUUUGUAUGCAUAUGAAUCUAUGAAAUUGCACUAACUGCUAUACUGAAAAAAAUAAAAGCCCAACGUUUUUAUUAAGGGUUGAAAAACGACUGAAUCCAGAUGUGUGGCAUAAACAAUGUUAGUCAAGAACAGAAUGGAUUUUUAUUCUUUUCUGUCAGCUCAGAUUUUCUAUGUACAACACAAAGCUACAAAAAAAAAAAAAAAAGUUUUCCAGAAACUGUGCUUCAAAUUUUUGCUGUACUAUAGAAGCUCAUGAAGGACAACAUUAAAGUCCUAAUUUGCCUGCCUUAUAGUCACAUUUCAUUGUAUUGAUAUUUUCUUAAACUUCCAGUUGCAUUGCUUUGGCUUUGAAGUUUGUUAUAGGCAGUCCUGUAUCCUGAAUUCUGUUCAAGUUUAAACUUAUGUAAACUAUUGACAGCACAUGCAAUGCAGUACUUAUCUAUAUUUUGCUGUUUUAGUAUGAAUAUGUACUCUGAUGCCAAUUUACAAGAAUCUGUUGUAAACGCUUAUUGUGUAACAGUAACCAAUAGUGGCAAUUAUAUGUCAUUCUAAAAGCUGCAAUACUUAUACAAUAAAUUUUACAAUACUUUGGAA